UACCCCAAAGAGUUCUGAGAACGCCAAAAGAAAAACCAAAAUGAUUGGAAAAGCUACCUAUCUGUUGUGCCUGUGCCUGGCCAGCGCCGUGUGGGCCAUUGAAUUGCAGCCGGAGCCGGACUACGGACCAGUGGCCUACGAGUUCCAGUGGUCGGUGAACGAUCCCCACACCGGCGACAUCAAGAGCCAGAAGGAGACGCGCAAGGACGACAAGGUCGAGGGUGUCUACGAGCUGAUUGACUCCGAUGGCUAUCGUCGCAUUGUCCAGUACAAGGCCGAUGAUCACAACGGCUUCGAGGCGAUUGUCCAGCGUGAGCCCACGGACAUCAAGAUUCCGCUGCCUGAGCCGCCCAAGAAGCUCCUGGCCGCCAAGAUCCUGGCUCCCGUGCUCCCGGUGGCUCCACUCGUCCACUACUCCGCCCCCAAGGCUGUCAUCAAGCAGGAGCUGUCCUCCGGUAACUACGUCUCUGUUUCCGGACCCACUGCUCAGUACAAGUACUGAAAAGGAUCUAGCCAUUGACUUCAGCAUCACAAGCCCAUUAGGAUGCCCGUCUCGACCCGGGAAAGCCUC